GAGACUGAGCAGGGACUGCAAAUGCGCAUGUUCAUAACUGGGGUGAAUUUGCGCAUGUUUUCUCCCGGAUUCGGUUUGAGUUGCUGUUUGCGGUCGGCACAGUGGCCCGUUAGUUAGCAGUUUUAGUAACGCCAGUGUUCGUGGGGCUAGCUUUGUGAUUGACACUGCAAGUAGAUGAUAUUUCGAAGUAUAUCGAGCGAAGGCGGCCGUGUUAACGAAAGGCGCCGCCGCCUCAGCCGUCAUUGCUUUGAAUUUGCCUCCUCCAGUGUCGUGUCGUGUCGUGUCUGUGGGAGGGAACGGGAUAGGGUUCGGUUCCAUUUACUGCUCGCCACUGUCGGUAGGGGAAUUUCCUCGCCUUUAGAUGAAUGACGUUCGUUCCACAUUCCAGCAUUUGCAGUCUCCUGUGCCCCCGUGGUCCUCUUGCGGCGCCCGUUUCUCCGUUCACUCGCCUAGGACUCUUUUUUGAGGCGAGCCGGGCUGCGGGAGGACGGCUUGUCGUGCCGAGUCGUGGCGUGUCGCCUCUAUGGACGCCGGAGACGAGAUGGACAUGGAAGUUAUGAAUCCUCUAAUAGAAGUAACCCACACUUCUGAGGAAGUGUCUGAGGAAGAGCAGGAAUCUGAGUUAACAGGUUUGCAUUUGCGGCAAACUGGGGAUGAACAGGGCAUAUCGUUCACACAAACAUUAAUUCAUUUGUUGAAGGGAAAUAUUGGAACUGGACUGUUAGGUUUACCACUUGCAAUAAAAAAUGCAGGGCUUAUGUUGGGACCAAUCAGCCUUGUUCUUAUGGGAAUAGUGGCAAUUCAUUGUAUGCAUAUUGUAGUGCGCUGUAGCCACCACUUCUGUCAAAGAUUUAAAAGGCAGAGCCUGAGUUAUGGUGAUACAGUUACAUUUGCGAUGGAACAUGGACCGUUCCCUUGUCUUCGAAGGAAAGCUCCACUGGGAAGGAUGACCGUAGAGUUUUUCCUCAUCAUUACACAGCUGGGAUUUUGCUCAGUUUAUUUUGUAUUCGUUGGUGUUAAUAUGAAGCAGCUAGUGGAAGGUUUCCUGAGGAAUCACACAAGUUACAGUGACCUAAACAUCACAAGAACUUUGCAGUUCCAUAGUGAAGAUUGGAACAUUGAUGCAAGGAUUUACAUGCUGAGCUUAAUUCCUAUUUUGGUCUGCAUUGUGUUUAUUCGUGAUCUAAAAUACCUUGCAGUAUUUUCAUUCAUGGCGAAUCUUUCAAUGGCUGUCAGUCUAUUUAUCAUCUAUCAGUAUAUAAUUAGGGACAUAACUCAUCCAAAGAAGCUUCCUCUGAUUGCCAGCUGGAAAAAAUAUCCACUUUUCUUUGGGUCUGCAAUAUUUGCUUUUGAAGGAAUUGGGUUGGUUCUUCCUUUAGAAAAUAAAAUGAAGCAAAGAAAACAAUUUCCACAAGCAUUAAACAUUGGUAUGGGCAUCGUCACAGCUUUGUACGUUUCACUCGCAACCCUUGGAUACCUGCACUUUGGUGAUAGUAUCCAGGGCAGUAUUACAUUAAACCUUCCACAAGACAUAUGGCUAUACCAGCUGGUAAAACUUCUUUACUCUUUUGGGAUCAUGGUGACUUACACAAUCCAGUAUUACGUGCCAGCAGAGAUCAUUCUUCCAGCUGUUUCUGCAAGAGUACAUCGGAGAUGGAAACGAAUUUGUGACAUUGUAGUCCGGAUACUACUUGUUUGUCUAACCUGUGCCACAGCUAUUUUAAUUCCACAACUCGAUUUAGUGAUUUCAUUCGUUGGAGCUGUCAGCAGCAGUGCUCUGGCCCUCAUCUUCCCUCCCUUUCUGGAGAUCAUUACCUUUUCUGGAGAAGGCAUCUCCAUUUGGUUGCUUCUGAAGGACAUCUGCAUAGCACUGAUUGGAAUCAUUGGCUUUGUGACUGGAACAUACGUGACUAUUGUAGAAAUCAUUUAUCCAGACACAGCCUCAGUGAUGGAACUCACUACUAAUCCUCUCAUCAAUAUCAAUUCAACAGGACUGGGUUCUUGGGGCAAUAUUUCAACCUCAUGAAGAAAAAGUACAAGCAGAGUACCUCAUCAAAGAAGUGAUACAAAUUACUGACAGUUUUUAAAUAAUAGAAUGAAAAUAGAAAUAUUGCUUUGAGUAUUCAUGCUCCUCACUACUACUACAGUGAUUUUUCACACUAACAUGUGUGACUCGCUAGUCAAUGAGAAUCUGGUUGUGGCUGCUUUGUAAGUUAUUUAUGAUUGUUUAAAUAUGUUCAGUCCAAUGGCUACAUUUUUUUCUCUUAACAUAUGUUUUUUCCUGAACACUGGCUAUUGGAUAUAUAGGUAUUACAGUCCAGUCAUCCUCUCCUCUUAUUGGGAGAUGCUUAGGUUCUGCUUUGGGUUCUUUUGGAUGAGCUAUGCUGAGGUAAGGAACCUGUAAGAUGGGUAUUUGAUAAUGUGAAUCAAAACCAAAAAGUUUCUUGGAACUGGCAUUUGCAUCAGAAGUUUACUUCAUAUUUAUGUUUGUGACUUGUGCUAUUUGUAGAAAUUUAAUAUAUGCAUAAGGCAUAAACACAAGGAUUCCACUCAGCAAAUUGUGCAUAGAGGCCUAAAUUUUUCUACAAUAGCCGUUAAUGUUGGUUACGUCGGAACCCAAGGACAUUGGCAGUUUACCAACACAGCAAUAAACACAAUGGGAAAUGAUUGACACAUUUAAGGUUUUGCAUGAUUGAAAAUGUGUUGCACUGAUACCAUUUUCUGCCAUCUUCCCCAAAAUAAAAUUCUGUGAAGCACUUUGACAACCAUGAGAUGAAAUAAGCGAUUCUAAAUCUGGAAUGAAAGAAUGGAACAAAGGAUAGGAGAUCUAGAUUCAGAGGGAGAACAGGCAAUAGUUGAUCCUGGAUCUGAGGAAUGGACUUUAUUGAGGAACUUUAUUUCAUUUUGGUAAUAUUUAUGCCAUUGAUAAUGACCUUGUCCCACCUUAGCCUUGGAUAUAUUUUAAAGAUACAAAUAAGGAUAAGAAAAUGUGAAUAUUAUGCAAAGUCAUCAACAAAUCCUUCAAACUCUAAUCUUUAAUAGGAAACCGCAGUUUUCUGUCCCUUUCAUUAAUUUAAAAUCCUACUUGUGGUAAGCUGCUGUUAUUGAUGCAAGAUAAAAUUUAAUAAAGUACGUGAACUAUGCACUAGAAAAUUAAAUUCAACAAAAAUGGCAAUGAGUAAGGAAAAUACAGUUUUCUGAAAAUGAGUAUAAAAUUUAUUAGUUUAUAUUUGAUUACAUUACACUAUAGAAUGAAACUUAAUUGUAUUUGUGUAUUUAUGGCUCAUUGAUGCUGCAGAAAUGGUGUUAUACAGCAGAUGUAAGUAUUUAAAUCUUAUCUGAGGGCUGGUAAUUCUGAAUUUGUGUGUGUGGAAACUUCUCUCAAGUUCAGCAAGUUCAGAAAUAAGGUAAUGUGGUUUAAGGAGGCAAUUAUGUUUAACUUCUUUACAGUGUUAAUUGAUGAUAAUUACUGUUGACUUGACCUUUAGAACUGUUGCACUUGUUCAUUCUGAAAAGCACCCACAGUUAUCAGUGAGGAGACUAUGCCAGGGCUUCUCUGCCAUCUUCAGGCAGAUCUUUGGUUGGUGAUUUUAAGUUUCCUCCUAGCUGUUACAGUACAACAUUUGCUCAGGGCUUCAGUUAUAAUUGUAGAAAAGCCGUUUGCCAACUUGCAGCGAUGGUGUGUGAGUGGAACUGCAGGCAGAGAAAGAGCCACGAGCCAAGGUGUAGAGACCUUGGUGGAAGAAGAGCCAGAAAGAGUAGUCUCGGGGGAUCUACCACCAAGCUGCUAGUGUGCAGGAACAGAACAUCCUGUUUCCACCCAAACUGAUGAGCAGGGUAACCAGUGACUUUCCUUCACUGCCCAUGCUGUGACAUAAGUUAUAACACCCUUUAAAUAAUCACAUGUACCUUGCAUAUUGUCGUCACACCCCAGCAAGAUUGUUCUUGGCUUAUCUUAAACCAAUACCACAAUCUGUACACUAGAAAUGGAGUGUAGACUCCUCAAUGAGGUCCACGAAACAAGGAGAGGUUAAGAAUUUGAGAUAAUUCCUGCAAAGAAUAAAGUAACAAUGUCAUCAGGAGUACUUCCUGAUCUAAAUGAGGCAUUAUAGCAUUACAAAGAAUCACAGGGUCAUAUAGCAUGGAAGCAGGUCUUUUGACCCACUAAAUUUAUUCUGACCAUCAAGUAACCGACUCUAUUAAUUAACACUAAUCCCAUUUUAUUCUCUGGUCCAGGUCCAGGUGUUCCUGGUCCAGGUACUUGCACCAACAGGCAGAAACUUCCAAGACAGGUAAUCCCUAUUGAUGUUGGGAAUCAUGAGUGAGACAGACAGACAGAAAUUCUGCCCUACGCAAUGCCUCUCAGAAUUUAUCUGAGUUCAGCCUGUUUGCUGAUCUUCUAGUAGACCUACCAGAUCUGUGGAAUUCUCUGCCACAGCAAACUGUUGAGGCCAGUUCAUUAGCUAUGUUUAAAAGGAAGUUAGAUAUGGCCCUUGUGGCUACAGGGGUCAGGGGGUAUGGAGGGAAGGCUGGGUUCUGAGUUGGAUGAUCAGCCAUGAUCAUAAUAAAUGGCGGUGCAGGCUCGAAGGGCCGAAUGGCCUACUCCUGCACCUAUUUUCUAUGUUUCUAUAUUUACAGUGGAAGCUGACCUCUCACUGCCAGCCACAAUGCCUAACAGGAAAGCACAACUGGAAAGAAAGCACUGUAUGGAGAAAAUUUGUGAGAAAUUCAAUCCAAUAUUGUUAAAACAGUGUGAAAAUAUUGUUCAGUCCUUUUACUGUCUUUUAGCACCUGCGACUGAAACUCAUUUACAAUUACACUCAAUGAUAUCAGGUAUAAUUGGAUUAUGGAAUAACUAAUUUUCUUUGAUUUGAGAUAAUAAGUGAUAUGUGGAAUUCAAUGUAAUUUUUUUUGCAAAUUUAUAUUUCACAUGUAAAAUUAAAAUGUUCCAGGCCAGUCUGCCUGACAUUAUUAGUGCAGAGGUUACUGGAGGGAAUUCUGAGGAAUAGGACCUGUCAGCAGAGUCUGAUUGGGAGGUGUUAGUGUGGCUUUGUGUGUGGAAAAUCAUAUUUGACAAACCUUGUAGAGUUUUAUUUGAAGAGGUAACCAAAAAGCUGGGUGAGGGUAGGGCAGUGAAUGUUGUCUGUUUGGAUUUAGCAAGAUCUUAGACAAGAUCCUGUAUAGUAGACCAGUCGGAAAGGGUAGGAAGGGUAGGUCCCAUGGAAUCCAGGCAGAGCUAGUUAGGUGGAUUCAAAAUUGGCUUGAAAGUAGGAAGCAGAGAGUGCUGGCUGAAAGCUGUUUCUCAGAAUAGAGACCAGUAUCUAGUGGUCUACUGCAGGGGUUGGUAUUGGAAUCUGUAGUAUAUAUAUAUGAUUUGGUUACAAAUGCCUUAAUCAGUAAGUUUGCCAAUGACACAAAAUUAAGAGGUAUCAUUGAUGGUGAAGAAGAUUAUCCUAGAUUACAAGGGGAUCUUGAACAAUUAGGGAAGUGUGCUGAGUUUAGAAAAUGGAUUUAAAUGCAGGGAAGCUUGAAGUGAUACAACUUGGAAAGGCAAACCAACAUAGUACUUAUACUGUGAAUGAUAGGACACUAGAGAGUGUGAUGGAACAGACAGACUCAAGAAAAAGUGCAUCAUUCAUUGAAAGUAAUGUCACGGGUAGAUGGGGAAGUGAAAAGGCAUUUAGCGCACUGGCCUUCAUCAGUCAGGGCAGUGAGCGUAGGGCUUGAGAUUGUAUAAGUUGUUGGGAAGGCCGCACUUGGAGUUCUGUGUACAGUUCUAGUCACCCUGUUAUAGGAAGAGUUUGACUAAAAUGGAAGGAGUGCAAAAAAAAAAGAUUUCUGAGGGUCUUGCCAAGAAUAGGGGCCUGAGUAAGAGGAAGAAGUUGGUCAGCUAGAGCUUUAUUCUUUGGAACUUAGGAGAUGAGGGGCAACCUUAUAGAGAUGUUGAAAAUUAUGAGAAGCUUAGAUAAGUGCAUGGUAACAGUCUUUUCCCCAGGAUAGAGGAGUCCAAAACUAGGGGCACAGAUUCAUGACAAGGGAGGAACAUUUUAAAUGGAACCUGAUGGGCAAAUUUUUCUCUCAGAGGUGGUGAGUAUAUGGAACAAGCUGCCAGAAGAAGUGGCUGAGGCAGUUACAUUAGUAUUAUUUAAGAAGCACUCACAUAGGAACAUGGAGGAGCGAGUCUUAGAGGGAAAUGAUCCAAACUCAGGAAGGUGGGACAAGCUGGGUGGGCAUCAUGGUUUGCAUGGACUCGUUGGGCCAUAGGACCUGUAGCUGUGCCACAUUGCUGUGGCUUAGUGCAGAGUUAAAGCUCAACAACAAUAUGUUUAUUUUUUUUAGAAUUCCUAAACCCUAAUGCUGGAACAACUUUCACUAAUAACAAGUACAAAAUAACAUGAAAUUAUUAAACUAUGUUAUUGUAUUUUGAUUCCUCCUGAAUAGUAUUUGCAUUCUUCUCUUUUUUCCUAACAAGAAUCAUUUUGAUUCUAAAACUGCCAGCGAGAUUUCACAUCAUUUCCUUCAAUGUUAACACAUUAUCUUGUCAUAUCAGGAAAAUGCUGACCAGAGUAAAAAUGCUUUCAGGUAUACUUCAAAAUCAUGGGCUAUGAUUGUUUUUUUCUUGAAGGGCUUCAUUAUAAGCAAGCACAAGCUCGACUGUUUCCCUGCAUUACUCUAUUAAAAUAUUUACUUGAGAUGUUGGGGUUCAAGGAAAGAUUGUCACAAUCAUGCUGCAUACUGUUGACCUGAUUAAUUAAAUAAACUCUUGGUCUCCAUAGACCCUGUAAUGUAGUAAUAGUGUACUAUUGCAGGUAAAGUACACUGUAUCUAAUACAGUGGAUUCUGGUUUAUUGGGACACUUUAGGACUGGUACAUUUUGACCCAAUUAAGCAGCUGGUCCAAUUAGCCAAAGUUUUAUCACAAUACUUAAAAGGGUAUGCAAAAGACAAAAUGAGUGAAAAAUUAUGAACUUAAAUGAAAUACAGAACAAAUUAGUACACUACCAAUACUACUACAGUACUAUAAAACUGUGUAUUCCCUACAGUUAUCAACAGAGGAAUUAUGCUGCCAUGUUUUUUUGAUUGAUUGUAAAUGAACAAAAUCAGUGUAGACACCUAAUGCAGAUAAUAGACUGCCUUCAUCCAAUGCUGUCAACGAUUGCAACCUCCACAUCUUCAUUUUCAUUGUAACAUUCAAAGCGAUUGUCAAUACCUUCAAAUUCUUCAUAGUUUCUAACUUGUUCAAGUAGUGAAAUCAUUUCAUUUUCACUCCCGGCUGUUUGACAUCUCCCAGCCUGUAUGUUGAAACCACAGUGAGGCUAACAGUUCUGAAUUGCCUUACAGCUUAUUUCUCACCAACUAUCAGUGACAAAAAAUGUUGCUUUUUGAAAACAAACACAUACAGCUAAUGGUAUUUAAAAAGUUUGCUCAAAGCACAGUGUUGUAUCUAACAGCAUCUGUUGUAUGCAUCUGACGUUAGUUAGAAACUGUUUGGCAAUAAUCUUCUUCCCCAAUUAAGUGGCAUAUUGUCCCAAAUAAAUGAAGGGAAUCCUGGCUCAUUUCCCAAUUAGUUUUUGUUCUUUAAGAGUUGUCCCAAAUUAGCGACUGCUUUGAUUAAGCAAUGGCCCAAUUAAUCAGAAUGCACUGUAUUUCAUGAACUCUUUUACAAAUUAUUUAAUAUGUUGGAAUAUUAAAAUGAAAUAUUUUUGGAACAUUUUAAAUAAUGUUUACUCUGGUAAAUGUCUUAAUUAGAAUUGUCAACUUUUAUUGGUGUAACAAGAUAAU